UUAUUUUCUCUUUCCAGCUGUCGUCUCCACUUCGCCUGUCCGCGUUCCUCAUCGGUAUCGACGUCUUGCGAUUUCUCCCGGCGGUCGGAGGAGGAGGCGGAGGAGGGCGGAGUGGCGGCGGAUCAUGGGCUCGAAGCCGUGGCUGAUCCCGGCGCCGAACUACCGGCGGCUGGACUCGAGCUGGGAGACGGACGACGACGCCCCGGGACCCCGAUGCGGUCACUCCCUCACCGCCGUGGACGCCACCAAGUCCCGCGGGCCCCGCCUCAUCCUCUUCGGCGGCGCCACCGCCAUCGAGGGCGGCGCGUCCUCCGCCGUCCCUGGCAUCAGGCUCGCGGGAGUCACGAAUUCCGUUCACUCGUAUGACGUUAAUACCAGAAAAUGGACCAGGAUUCAUCCCGUGGGAGAGCCGCCUUCUCCGAGGGCUGCACAUGCCGCUGCAGUGGUUGGGACAAUGGUUGUUUUCCAGGGUGGCAUUGGACCUGCCGGGCACUCGACGGAUGAUCUCUAUGUUCUUGACCUGACAAAUGAUAAGUUCAAGUGGCACAGGGUGGUUGUUCAAGGACCCGGGCCAGGUCCUCGCUAUGGCCAUACCAUGGACUUGGUAGCUCAGCGUUAUCUUGUUACAAUCAGUGGCAAUGAUGGCAAGAGAGUUCUCUCUGAUGCAUGGGCUUUGGACACUGCACAGAAACCCUACAGAUGGCAAAAACUAAACCCAGAAGGCGACAGACCUUCAGCUCGAAUGUAUGCCACUGCAAGUGCACGUUCUGAUGGCAUGCUUUUGCUUUGUGGUGGAAGAGAUUCUUCUGGGAUGUCUCUGUCCGAUGCUUAUGGACUGCUUAUGCAUACAAAUGGCCAAUGGGAGUGGACUCUAGCUCCUGGCGUGUCACCAUCUCCAAGGUAUCAGCAUGCAGCGGUUUUUGUAGGGGCUCGUUUGCAUGUUACGGGAGGUGCUCUCAAGGGAGGGCGAAAUAUUGAAGGUGAAGGUGCUAUUGCAGUUCUGGACACUGCUGCUGGGGUGUGGUUGGACCGAAAUGGAAUUGUAACGUCCGCUCGCACUCACAAGUCACCAACUGAUCGGGAUGGUUCCUUGGAACUUCUGCGUAGGUGUCGCCAUGCAUCAGCCUCUGUUGGCACUCAAAUAUACGUCUAUGGUGGCCUUAGGGGAGAUAUGCUACUUGGUGAUUUUCUUGUAGCAGAAAAUUCUCCUUUGCAAUCUGAAAUUAGUUCCUCCAUGUACAAUUCUGAUAGGGUCCCUGCUGUAAAUCAAAAACCUAAUCAAAGUGUUAAUUCGGAUUCACAGUCUGUCGAACAAGAAUUGGAUAACAAAUCAGGGAUGGCUUCGUCUGCCAGUUUGAGUGUGGAUCAGAAAUCUAUUGACUUGCUCACUGAAGCUUCUGCUGCUGAAGCUGAAGCUGUCAGUGCUGUCUGGCGAGCUGCAAAGGAAGCAUCAAUUGAAAGCCUCUCAGAUGACAAAGAGUCAGAAUCUCAAGUCAAUGAUGAAUUCUCAAAUGCAGAGGAUUCCUCAGAUGUUGCUUAUUCUCUUGAGCCAGAUGUACGGUUGCACUCUCGAGCGGUGGUGGUUGCUAAGGAAACUGUUGGCAGCCUAGGAGGGCUUAUAAGGCAGCUUUCAUUGGACCAGUUCGAGAAUGAGAGUAGAAGAGUGCAUCCUACAAAUGGUGAACAGUCAUACUCAGCAAAAAAGUUCUUGAAUAGGCAGAAAUCUCCACAAGGCUUGCAUAAGAAGAUAAUAUCCUUUUUGCUCAGGCCAAGAUGUUGGAAAGCCCCUGCUAACAGAAGAUUUUUUCUUGAUUCCUAUGAAGUUGGUGAACUUUGUCAUGCUGCUGAGCAGAUAUUUAGGCAAGAACCAACAGUCUUGCAGCUGAAAGCUCCAAUUAAAGUAUUUGGUGAUCUUCAUGGUCAGUUUGGUGAUCUUAUGAGACUAUUUGAUGAGUAUGGUUUUCCCUCGACUGCGGGAGACAUAACGUACAUAGACUAUCUGUUUUUGGGGGAUUAUGUGGACCGAGGUCAGCAUAGCUUGGAAACAAUAACAUUGCUACUUGCACUGAAAAUAGAGUAUCCGGAGAAUGUCCAUCUGAUCCGAGGAAACCAUGAAGCAGCUGACAUCAACGCUCUUUUUGGUUUUCGUCUUGAAUGCAUUGAGAGAAUGGGGGAAAAUGAUGGGAUAUGGGCAUGGACUCGAUUUAAUCAACUUUUCAACUACCUUCCACUUGCUGCUCUCAUAGAGAAGAAGAUUAUCUGUAUGCAUGGUGGUAUUGGGAGGUCUAUAAACUCUGUCGAGCAGAUAGAGAAGCUUGAAAGGCCCAUUACCAUGGAUGUUGGAUCUAUUAUUCUAAUGGACCUUCUUUGGUCUGAUCCCACAGAGAAUGAUAGCAUAGAGGGUUUGAGACCAAAUGCCAGGGGACCUGGCCUGGUCACUUUUGGGCCUGACCGAGUCACUGAAUUCUGUAAGAGAAACAAAUUACAGCUCAUCAUAAGAGCUCAUGAAUGUGUGAUGGAUGGUUUCGAACGGUUUGCUCAGGGACAGUUAAUCACGUUGUUUUCAGCAACUAAUUAUUGUGGUACGGCAAAUAAUGCUGGGGCAAUACUCGUUGUUGGAAGGGGGUUAGUGGUAGUUCCCAAGUUGAUUCAUCCGCUUCCACCACCGCUUCAGUCACCCGAGUCUUCACCUGAGCAUGCCGUAGAGGACACAUGGAUGCAGGAGCUCAAUAUUCAGAGACCGCCUACGCCCACUCGAGGCCGGCCACAGUCUGCUAAUGACAGGAGUUCUCUUGCUUACAUAUGAAGCACCGACCUUAAACAGGAGAAAUUUCUACCUCAUCGCCUUUGCCUAGUGUGCAAUGUUGUACUAGUAUUGUUCCUCCCUCCUCCGGUAAUGUAAUUUGUCAUAUCACCUUCGAAAUAAUCCUCCUGUACAUCAUCGGUAAGCUACCAAUCAAUCUUGUUAUGUUUGUAAAAGUAGAGUUACAACAAAACACACUACUGGUAAAUUCCUUCUUGUACAUGUGAAGUUUUUGAUCGAUCGAUUAGUGUAUGUA